CCCGCGAUGGAGGCUGAUAGAGACGAGCGGCUGCGGCGGGAGGCGGCGGAGUACUACCGAGGCCACCGAGUGCCGCAGCGAAUGGAGGAAGCGCUCAACACCCUCUUCCCGCUGCGCCCCGCGGACCUCUACGGGGAUUUGGCUAACUACUUCUCUAAAUUUUCAAAAGCUCCAGUCGUAUGCAAACUAGCUGGAAGAAAAGUUCUUGAUGGAGUUGGUCAACCAACAUUAGAAGUGGAAAUAUAUUGCACAGUGAAAAACCGUGAGAAGAGGAUUUGUUCUGCUAUAAUUUCUUCUCAUUAUCAAAUACCUGAGAAUGCUUUAUCUGAAACAACCGAAGCUGAUGAGAAAGAGAGAAAUGACUCUGUUACCACUGCUGUGGAAUGGGUGAAUGAAUCUCUAAGCACAAUGAUAAGAGACUGGAAGCCUACUGACCAAUGUGAAAUUGAUAAGAUGCUUGGUGAAUACUUUUCAAAAAAGGAAGAAGAAAAAAAAGAAAUUGAAGAGGAAGAAGAAGAUGAUGAUGACACUCUUUCCGUAACUUCUUGUGCUCCAUCAGCAGUGGCACAAUCUGGGCAAAAAAAGGAAGCAAAAACAGGGAAGAAGUCAAGUAUACAGAUAACAAUCCCACCUGCAGAACCCAGUGAAUCAGUGCUGUGUGGCAGCUUAGCCAUUGGGGGAACAUCGCUCGCUGUAGCUAAGGCUGGUGCCUCCAUUAAUGGCAUCCCAUUGUACUUACACACUGCACUGCUGAAACGCAGUCAGGAUUCACCUAAAGAAAUGACUUUGCCACUUCCAAUGGUUACUCUGUUGAGCUGUGAAAAAUUUUCAUCUUCAAAACUCAAAUUAGUGAAAGAAGUUAUGCUCAUACCACCAGUUCAGUUAUCGCUCAAACAGGGCAUUGAAAGAGCUCUGGACAUUCAAAAAGAAAUGAUGAGACUGCUGGAGCCUGCAGGGAAAGCGCAGCCCAGUCCUCACCUAGCAGACAGUAAGAAAGACAGAGCACGUAAUAAAGAGAAGCAAGCUCCGCCACCAGCCUUAAAAGGAGUAUCACACUUAGGCUGCCUGAUAACGGGAUGUGAUAAUCUAGAGCAACCUCUCCUCCUAAUGCAGACAGCUUGCAACAAUAUAGGUCUGGAGCUGGGAAAAGAUUUGUAUUUAGCAAUUAAUUGUGCUGCUCAUGAAUUAAUGGACUACGUGAAAGGAAAAUAUGAAAUACUUACUGGAACAUUCAGAAGCCCUGAUGAAAUGGUCGACACGUACGUGGAACUGGUUAAUAAAUUUCCUUCCAUUAUUGCCUUAGUAGAUCCCUUAAGGAAAGAGGACAGACAGCAAUGGAAUAACUUGUGUCGUGCUCUUGGUUCCAAAUGUUACCUGAUUGCUGAAGAUGCUGCCACAAAUACUUCCAAGCUUAAAACAGACCAGAACAUAAACAUACCGAUGUGCAGUGGUGUUGUCCUAAAAUAUGUUAAUCAAACCAAGGUAUCAGACCUCGUCGAACUGACUGCACGUCUUGAUGGUCAAAGACGUGUUACCAUAUUAGGAAGUCCAGAUGGAGAAUCUUCUGAUGAUAGCCUUGUGGAUCUGGCUGUUGGACUGGGUGCCAGGUUUGUCAAGCUGGGAGGUCUUUCCCGCGGAGAAAGGGUGACCAAAUACAACCGCCUUCUUGCUAUAGAGGAAGAACUGGCCAAGAAUAGAACGCUACGGUAUGAUGCAAAUUUUGAAUUUACUGAUUUUGAUGAAGAAUCACAGCCAGAAAAACAACAGCCUGAAGUCCUUCCUCCCCCACAGCAGGAUUCAGUGCCUUCACAGCUCUCUGUGCCAGCCCUGCAGGGUCACGAGGUGCCUGCUCAGCUCCUGGAGAGCAGCACACUGACCUAAGUUGCCCAAAAUAACUGUCAGGAGACCCUUGCUUUCAGCUGAAAACAAGUUAACUGAACACUGACUGCAGUUUGGAAACACCGCAGAAUUCUAUGCUGUAUUUACGAAUGGACAAAACAAGUACCUCUGUGUUAACUUCAAAACUAAAUGUUUGUUUUGAGAGAUCUCUCCACACAAAGAGCAAACUAUUGACAAACAGUAAAAAAAAAAAAGGAACAUUUUACAAAAAACAAAGGCCUUGACUGUUAUGCUGCUCCAUCCCCCCCACACAACCCUCAAUGCUGCUCUUAGAUCUGGCCUACAAGGGAAAUGUUGCUCCAGUUCUAGCCAGCUAUCAAUACAAGUGCAUCAGUGCAAACUCCAAAUGUAGGGCACAAAGCUGCAAUUUGCAUCACUAGGAAGCUCACUUCAGUCUGAAGCAAGGAAUAACAAGUCAACUUCACAAGGUCUGGGAAACUUGUCAGUAGUCUUUUUAAUAAGCAACAGUGAAAAGAUAAAUAAAUUAUCUUGUAGGUAACAAAGAGUUCACAUAAAAGAAGUAUUUUUUUUUUUAACUUCUGUUUCUUUUUUAAAUUUGAAAAUUUGAACAUAUAUAAUACAGCAGUAAUAAUUCAAGGAAAAAUACACAUAUAAAACAUUGCAUUUUGUAUUCAGUGUAACAGAUACAUAAGUGAAAAAUUAACCACCAGAACCACCACUACCCUCCAGAAAGCAAAGUAUCAAAUCAGGAGAGACAAAUUUCCCCGAGCUUAGGAAUUAAACACAGGUCAGUAAUUAGAUCAAAUCCAAGAUUAUCUUAGCAAACAUGCAAAAACACCAGAAAAGAUGUCAAACCACCACACUCGCUACUAUCACUUUAUUUGGAGAAAAAGCACCGGACAGUUGCAUGCAGAGCCAAACUAACAAACUCAGAACAGUCAUCCUCCAAUACUAUCACUGUUUCAAAUCAUUAAAUAAAAAACAACCCAAGUGCGUUCA